AUGAUAAUACCAGCAUUAACAAUAAGAACAAGAUGUGACUUCAAUGUUCAAAAGUUUCCAUUUGAUAAACAAAUAUGCGUUAUCAAUUUAACAUCAUGGAGCCAAGAAUCCAAUCGAAUCACAUAUAGAGAAAAUGGUAGUGUAGUAAUUGUUGAUACUAAUGACUAUACUGAACAUCCUUUAUGGAAAUUGAAUGGAACAGAUAUGAUUGUAAUUCAAGCAGAAGAUCGAACACCAUUUGAAGAUACUUACAAUGAUAUAAUAUCAAUACAGUUAUAUCUCGAAAGAAAACCAUUAUUUUUUAUAAUGAAUGGUAUAUUUGCAUGUUUCGUUUUAAACUUUGUUACUUUGUUAUCAUUUGCAUUACCAUUUGGAUCACAAAUUGGUCUAUAAGAAUUAUAUAAAUCUAAUACAUUUCAUAUUCAUCAAUGUCAAAUUAAAUCAAUUGAUUUUAAAUUCAAAAAUUGUGAACUUUAUUCGCGAUGGAAUAUCACCAUCGCACAUUACAAUGAAACAAUGGAAGGCUUUUUGCUUUCAUCAAAGGUUUUUCCAUCAGAAAGCACAACAUGA